UAAGGCAUUGUGCUUUUCUUCAUCUUAACAGAUGAACAGGAAUGGGUUACAGUGACAAAAGGAAGGAGGAAGAGAAAAUCCAUUCUGGAGAGACUCUUCUUCAUUGCCUCACCCUAUGGAGGAACCAGCACUGCCCAUCCGCAUUGAGGAGGGGACAGACGUUCCGAUUGAAAACAAAAAUAUGGCGACAAAGGAAAAGCUGCAGUGCUUGAAAGAUUUCCAUAAGGACAUUCUCAAACCAUCCCCCGGCAAAAGCCCUGGGACACGUCCUGAGGAUGAGGCCGAGGGGAAGCCACCACAACGUGAAAAGUGGGCCAGCAAGAUCGACUUUCUCUUGUCUGUGGCUGGAGGAUUUAUUGGAUUAGGCAACGUCUGGCGGUUUCCGUAUCUCUGCUAUAAAAAUGGCGGAGGUGCAUUUCUCAUACCUUAUUUCAUUUUUCUGUUCGGGGGUGGUCUUCCUGUGUUUUUUCUGGAGGUGGCACUAGGACAAUAUACCUCCGAAGGAGGAAUUACAUGCUGGGAAAGGAUUUGCCCUAUUUUCACUGGAAUAGGUUAUGCAUCCAUAGUGAUUGUGUCGCUUUUGAAUGUGUAUUACAUCGUCAUCCUUGCUUGGGGACUGUACUAUUUGUUCCAGUCUUUUACAAGUGUCCUGCCUUGGGCGUACUGCAAGCAAAAGUGGAACACAGAUAAUUGUGUGGAAGACACUCUCAGGCAGAACAAAACAUUGUGGCUGUCAAUGAAUACCACUAACCUCACAUCGCCCGUCAUAGAGUUCUGGGAACGCAAUGUAUUGAGCUUGUCUUCAGGAAUUGAUGAGCCUGGUGUUGUCAAAUGGGAUCUAGCUCUUUGUCUCCUCCUUAUGUGGGUGAUAUGCUUCUUUUGCAUUUGGAAAGGUGUAAAGUCCACUGGGAAAGUUGUGUACGUAACAGCAACAUUCCCAUUCCUCAUGCUUCUUGUACUGUUAAUCCGUGGUGUCACUUUACCUGGAGCUGCACAGGGCAUCAAAUUCUAUCUUUACCCUGACAUCAAUCGUCUAGCAGAUCCACAGGUCUGGAUAGAUGCUGGGACACAAAUCUUCUUUUCCUAUGCAAUCUGUCUAGGUGCCAUGACAUCCUUGGGGAGCUACAAUAAAUACAAAUACAACUGCUAUAGGGACUGUAUGCUGCUGGGAUGCCUGAACAGUGGUACCAGUUUUGUGUCUGGCUUCGCAAUUUUUUCCGUCCUGGGCUUCAUGGCACAAGAGCAAGGGGUGGACAUUGCUGAUGUGGCAGAGUCAGGUCCAGGCUUAGCCUUUAUCGCCUAUCCAAAAGCUGUGUCUAUGAUGCCGCUCCCAACUUUUUGGGCUAUUCUUUUUUUUAUUAUGCUUCUGUUGCUUGGCCUGGACAGCCAGUUUGUUGAAGUUGAAGGACAGAUCACAUCUUUAGUUGAUCUGUACCCAUCCUUCCUAAGGAAGGGUUACCGACGGGAAAUCUUCAUCGCUAUAGUCUGUUUCCUCAGCUAUCUUCUGGGACUAACUAUGGUGACUGAAGGUGGCAUGUAUGUGUUUCAACUCUUUGACUACUAUGCAGCUAGUGGUGUAUGCCUUUUGUGGGUUGCAUUCUUUGAAUGCAUUGCUGUAGCCUGGGUUUAUGGCGCUGACAAAUUUUAUGAUGCCAUUGAAGAUAUGAUUGGUUACAGGCCUGGUCCCUGGAUGAAAUGGAGCUGGAUUCUAAUCACACCAAUUCUCUGUGUGGGUUGCUUUGUCUUUUCUCUGGCCAAGUAUACACCACUGACCUACAACAAGGUGUAUAUCUAUCCGGAAUGGGCAAUUGGCCUGGGGUGGAUUCUUGCUCUCUCUUCUAUGGUCUGCAUCCCGCUGGUUAUGGUCGUCCGUAUUUUGCAGUCAGAUGGCUCUCUCAUUGAGAGGGUGAAGGCAGUGGCUGCCCCGCGUGAGAUUAGUCGGUGGGACAGAGAAACAGAGAUUGUUACCCCAUUCUGCCCUUCUAGAGGAGCCAAUGGUGAACUGAUCAAGCCAACUCAUAUCAUCGUGGAGACAAUGAUGACACAGAAAGGAGUGUUGGGACUAUAUCGGUCAAGUCAGAUAAGUCGCAUAUCGAUUGAAGAAGAUUCAGAUAUAGAAGCCAUUAAAGAGAAAAUUCUGAAGGACUACAGAUGAGGGAGAAACAAUAGAAAGACUUAGACCCUUCACAGGCGUAAGCAGAGUCAUCGUUUGUAUAAUAUUGAGAUGAGGAAGCGGAAGGAGAUGAAGUAAGCUGCAAAGGCAUUUUAGUGCGGAUGAGUCAUGAAACACCUGAACAAAAUUUCCAUCAGUGAACUAAAAUUUAAGAACUUUACCACUUCCUUUGGAAGUUAGGGUUUGCUUCUGGAAGAUUCAUAUUCGGCCAAGCCCUGUUCUAAAAUUCUUCUCUUCUUUCAUUUUUGGAUAAAGGCUCUGGCCUUUGUCAUAUGGGCAUUGAUUUUGGGGGAUGCCCCCCCUUUAAGUGAAUAGUUAAUAUGGUUUAUAAGCUGGAAAUGAGAACAAAGCCUUAGCCUUUGCUAUUUCUGCCAGGUCAUUCAGUCAGUGGCAGAUGCUGUGGUUUAAACUGGAACUUACCUGGUAUUUGAAAACAUUCCUCAGUGCAUUACAGAAUAAAAACCAGAUAAGCGACAGAUCAUUUAUGCUCUCAGUGGCCACUGCAUAUUAGUUAUGCACAUGUUGCUAAAUUGUGCUAUUUUUUAUAUAAAAUGGAAGUAACUUUAAAUAAAAAGGACCAAAGCGCAGCUAUUUGCAAGUGUCUUGUAUAGCAAAGUGUCUUUUGUUUUGGUAGAUGGAGUAUAAUAUAUUUUAUGUGAGGGGACUGAGCUUUCAAUGUAUACAAGGGGCAGAGGUUAAGGGUUUACCCCCAGGUACCAUCGUAUUAUGAGAGCUCCAAAGCAAACCCUUCCAGAACACAUGAUGACCAAAUGGUAUUUUCUUGAAUAGUGCCUCAGAUAUGAUUAUCUUCCUGUUUAGUAAUAGCCAGUGAAAAUGUUAACAUAUUAAGUAAAGCAAGGGAGAGCUACUGUUUCCAGGAAAUUUUGCCAGGUGUGGAAGGCAUCUGUAGUCCAAACUAUAGCCGUCAGAAGCAGGAAUCCAAUUUAACUGAAGGCAGGAAGGAGUCAGGUCAAAGGCAGAUUUUAACAGAUAAUUCCUUCAGUUUUUCUGGUGUGUGUUGCACUAAAGAUAUGUAAAAACUAUUUUGAUAAAUUAAAGAAAAUGCUUUCAGGAUCUGAAGACCAGCUGCUAUGCCAAAUGUAGAUACCAACAGGAGAAAUAUCCUAAACUAGCCUUCCUCAAUCUCUGCCCUCUUGGCUGGGGUGACAAGAGUUAUAAAGUAUCACAACUGGAGAGCACCUGCUUGGGGAAAGCUGUUUUAUAUCCAUAUACUAGGGGAAGGUAAAAGUCCAGAACUAACCAGAGAGAAUCAGUCCCAUGCUUUUAGAGUUCCAGUUAAGGGUGAAAGGUACCCAGGGACGGAGAGCCCAACACUGAGGCAGAAUGCAAUGACUGCCUCAGGUGGCCAGUGCUGGGGUCAUUUCUCCUGAACAUUCAACCAUAACGCUUCGCAGAAGGACAGGCCGGUGCAUCCCACACACAGCCUGUCCUCCAGCUCCUCAAACCAUCCCACUCUCCUCCAGUAGAGAGGAGGAGAGUGCCUCAUCGCCACCAUGGAAACACUUCUUUCCAUGGUGGAACAAUGUGGCUGCCAACUCGUUCUUUGCCUCAGGUAGCAAAAUGUUUGGGCCCGACACCCAGCCCAUUUUGAGGUUAAGCUGUGCCAUUACAAUCAGUUGCUUCCAUGUCAAAGUGAAAGGUUGUUUUCGUAGGCAUGUACACCAUGACCUUAGAAAGUACUCUGGCUGGUUAGUUUGAGGGGGGGGGGAAGGGGGGGGGGGGGGUAGUAAAUCCUGGAUCCACUUGUGGUUUGACACACCACCCAAUCCAUUAUCCUUGGUUUUGUUUUGGUUCUUUUGUUUUCUUUUGUUUCAGUUAGCACAUUUUCACAACACAAAGCUUCUGAAUAAUUGAAUGUGGUAAUCUGAAUGUCAAAAGUAGAUUUUUGCCAAAUUAAAGGGCAAGGGGUGGGGAGGGGCACAAAAAAGUUUAAGCAACUGUUUGUAUUUUCUACUUAUUUAUGAUUGCAAAGAGACUGAUUUCUUUCCCUAAUUUACUUUGUAGAACUUCGUGGCCUAUUUUAUCUUUCAUUUGUAACUAAGAAGUUAAAUAUUCAGUAUUGUGACUGUUGUUGGUGAAGUGGUUGGGAUAUGGGGAGAUGUUGGGAUAUGUGUGGAAUAGCCUAAAUGUUUGUUCAAAGAAAUAAAUAAUUGCAUUUCCAAAAAGGGGUGGGGAGGGGAGAGCAUGAAAGCAUAACUGUCGUCCUUAUCGGUUUGGGGAAAGUGGCAAGAGACUGUAUUUUGGAUUCAGAGGAAGUCCAGAAAGGUUAUGAAAAGCAUCAAGGGACACACACUUAUGUCUGGAGAAGCAGAGAUCAGAGUGGACCAUCUCUAUGUCUGCAGUCAGCAUUUUCAGAUCUGGCUCUGUCAAGCGGUUUCUGAAGUUACUCAGAAAAAUCUUCCCUUCUCUUAAUCAAAUCUUUCAAAAUAUCAGCAGGAUACAAAUCUUUGCACUUGAUGGCCAUCACAAUGAGCACGUGAGGCAAAAUGAAAACAGAGAAUGGAUUGUUAUGGGAUCAACAAUUGCUGGGUAACUGUUGGUACAGGUCUGGAGAGAUGGAUAGAAAAGGAAUUUAGCUCAAAGACAAGUGGACGUUCAGUCUUCAUAAAUUUCAGAUGUACAGUGUGAAGCCUAACUAUGUUUACCUGCAAACUAAGUACCACUACAUUUACCAUGAUGUGUUUCUGAGUAGACAUAUCUAGGCCAGCAUAGAUGUUUGUAUACUCACUUUUUAUCAGGAAGCAGUUUAGAUGAAUUAGAAGUAUUUCAGCUUGUGUUUCUUUUUCUAUCCAUCAGAUUAUUACAUAUUGUACAGGUAUAACAUUUUCACGGUAUGUUUUACUUUGGUGGGGGGGAUUUAAAAGUCAAGAGCUUUGACAUAUUUAAUUCCCUUUCCUCUAGUCUCUUUAGGUCUAUGGUUGCUACUGGCCAAAGACAUAAUAUAAAUCAAGUGUAGCUUCCAUUGUGUGUUGUGUAUUCAAAAUUCCUGAGCAGAAGAUCAAACAUGGUUUCAGUGACAAUCACAACCCCACAGAGACAGAACUGCUACUGAAGAUUUUUUUUUCUUCUAUUAAUGCUUGGGAUCAUCAAAACUACCUUUUCUUCUCUAUGCCAAAAAUAUGGAAGGAAAUGUUUGCUUUCUUGUAAAUGCUGAAGCUGACCACAAAAAAACAUAUACUGUAGUAACAUAAGGUUAGAGCUAAUCAUCCUGUACGAGAGGUAGAGAGAGACCCAGACACUAUCCGUUUGGACUGGAGACAAACAGGAACUUAAUCCAAAUACUCAAAAGCACUCAGCCAGGUAUUCCAUUCAUGGACCACCUUCAAAUCUUGCUAAAUCUGUCUGGAGCUAAAGCUCAGCCAUGGAUAGAACUCAAAGCUUUGCACGCAGGAUUAAAGACCAUUGAUCACCAUUGGGCAACAAGUGUUAGAACGUUACUGGGACAUGACCUCUGUAGUCCUGUACUGGUCUGUUUAAAUCUUGAGUGCAAAGCCUAAUUGUGCUAAUCACUUGUAGGAAGAAUGUAAUUUUAGAUCAGCAUAUCUUAGUGUUUACAUCAGACUAGUUUUCUCCACUUGUCUCUGUCUCACUCCUUCCUCCUGUUCAAAAGCAGCUGGUGAGUGCUAACAGCCUAGUCUACAGUGCAAUUUAGACAAAAUGGUUUGAUGUAAUCCUAUUCUGCCUCAUUGACUCCAGUCAUGCUAAACCCAUACAAGUACAAGCCAUGUAGGAGAAGAAACAAGGGGUGAGCUGUUGACCAUCUCCUUUGUGCUUUUUGAAGGAUAAGAAUAAACCAGCACCUACAAAAUGUGUGUCUCUGUUUAGAAAUAAAAUGUAGCCUUUCACUUCAAAUCCCAAAUCUAAGAAUUGUGCUGAGACACAGUACUGUAACUAUGUAGUCCUAAAACAGAAGUUUAGCAUAAUGAAGUUGUAUUUACAUUUUUAUACUAAGAAAAGUGGUUUCUUUGUAGAAUAGAAUGUCGCAAAAAAUCCAUUCUUUAUCCUCAAUAAAAUACAUUCCCCAGCUCCACAAUAUAUAGAGAAUAAGUAUGUUUAAGGAUAUUACCAAUGAAGAGACCUGUCCUUAAAUAUACUUACUUGCAAGCCAGACAUUACAAGUUUAGUGGAAGUUCAACUACACUUUCUAG